UAUCAUUUCAUUACCUUAACACAAAAUUAUUCUGCCUAUCAUUCUCGCCACCAACCAGUAUGCAUGUUCAUUUCUUGGAUGACAGUCACAGAUGCUUAUGUUUACAUCCUAAACUUUGACUGUGAAAUAACAAAGAGAAAAGAAAGAUGGAGAAGUCGAUGAGAUUAGGGUUGAUGGCUGUGGUUGCUGUAUCUGGAAGCAUGGCCAUCUUGGUUCAACAAGUCCAUAAACGUAUGCUAUCUAACUUCAUGAAGAAAUUUGAGUAUCAAAUGGGUGGUAUCUUAUACGCACACGGCCAAAAGAAUUUGUGUGGCCCUGAGAAACAUGAAGCGAAUAAGAAGGUGCGAAUUUCAAAAGAAGCAUUGGAAGACUGGAGUUACGGUAGAGGUGAUAGAAUGAUUACUACAAGAGUAGGACGAAUCAAGGCUGAACAAUUUUGGGAGAUGGAGAAUGUUGAGAGGGAUGAGCCCAAAUUAGAGAAGAUGAUGCCUACAAACAGGAAAGUUCUUUACAGGGGAAUUAUGAAAUAUAGGAAUAGCAAUAUUCAUGGGAGACUUCCAUUUUAGUUUUUUUCCUUUUCUAGAAAAUAACAUUUUUUUUCUCUUUGUAUGUGUUCUUAUGCAUAAA